CACAUUACACACACUCGGAAGGAGAAGAAUCAAACAAUUUAUCUCUCUCUAUAUCUCUACAAACACGCGCACAGUGGAGGUUCUUUACCUUCUCUCUCUAGCUUUCUCUCUUCUCUGGCGGCUUCGCGAUACAACAGAGGAUUAACUAGGUCUUGUUUUUUGAGUAACAAAGCUGGAAUUUUUGGUGCAAGUGGUAUCAGCUGUGAAGUUUUAGUUAUUGUAUAUGAGUGAGCAUGGGGUCUGCUUGUUGUGUUGCUGCUAAAGACAAAACUAUAACGAACGUAUCAAACAGCGAAGGUUUGCACAGGACUGUCCAGUAUUCGCCAUCAUGGAGCUUUCGGUGGGACAACCGAGGGCGUGUAGCAGGAGAAGAGACUUCUGUGAAAUGGUUUAAUGGGGUCAGUGGGAAUGAUGGAUUGGAAAUUAAAUCAGGAACCACAGUGGAAACUACAUAUGGAUCAGAAGAGGGAAGCCCAUUGGACAGUUUGCGAACAGUCACGUGGCAGAAGUCCCCAAUUUCUGAAGGCAAUUCUGGGAUUUUGAGGCUUCCUUCUUCAGGUCAAUCAAUCUCCAGAAAUUUUUCUAUGGGGGUAAGAGCAGAAAAGCCUGAGUUUGUUCUAGUAAAAGAUGUAAAAGAGUUGACAGAAUCACCAGCAGUUUUAGAUCAGUCUCCCAUAAAACUGUCACCUUCGGUGCGUUCAGUUUCAUCUUUGUCCACAUCCCCUUUGUCAUCUCAAAGUCACAUACUUCCUGCAAGCUCAACUCCGUCAAGGUUACCCCGCCAUUCUCCCGGAUACCAACUAUUACGGCAAGUAUCUGAUAGCCAAAUUCCAGGAUUGAAAUCACCAAACUUAUUGAUUUCUGAAGAAGUUUCUUCUCAUGUUUUCCCUGGAUGGAGCAAUGGAUCAACUAGGGGCUCUUAUGGUGGGUCUUCGGAUGGUUGGUCCAUCCCUGCUGUCUCUGAGCUCAUGGCAACUUCUCGUAAAGAGAGAUGGUCUUUUGAUAGUGAGUCUUUGGGCAUCAAUCAUGACAAGAUUAUCGGAUCUAGUGGUGGAGUUUCAGCUUGUGCCUCCAUUGAUAUGCGAACUUGUAGGUUUUGCUCAAAGCUCUUAACUGAGAGAUCUCCUUGGAGUAGCCAAAAAAUUAUUGGUACUAAUGAGCUUGCUGUGGUUGCCGUUCUUAUUUGUGGGCAUGUUUACCAUGCCGAGUGUUUGGAGAAUAUGACACCUGAAAUCAACAAAUAUGACCCAUCUUGCCCGGUCUGUACUUUUGGGGAGAAGCAGAUUCUGAAGUUGUCUGAAAAAGCAUUGAGAGCAGAAAGGGACUUGAAGUCUAGAAUUAAUAAGAGAUUUAGGAACCAGAUCAGUGAUAGUGAUAUUAGUGGUGAUUCUUGCGUGUUUGAUCGCCAGAAAAGUAGUGGAUGUGAGGGAAAAGGUGUCAAGAUGAGCUCAAGUUCCAGCAUGAAGAGCUCCUUAGGGAAGCCUUUCUUGAGGCGCCACUUUUCAUUUGGAUCAAAGGGUAGUAGAUCGAUGUCAGAGAAUCACUCUACACGAAAGAAGGGUUUUUUUUGGUCCAAAUCAAACAAAGAGUGAUCUCUCUUUCUGGUCUAAGAGGUGAGCAUGUUCCAUGAUUGAUCAUUCUGUUCAAUCUCCGCUGGGGCAUACCGUUGGCCACUGAACUACGAGGGAUGCAUAAUGUCACUCAUCAAGAUCUUGUCAAGAUACAUCUGCAUUUGAAGUGGGAACAGGUUACCUGGAAUUACACUGUAAAGAAGGGGAGACAAUACGGUAUAGGAUGGGUCCAUUCAAAAUAUACACACACAUAUAGAAAGAAAAAAAAAAAAAUGGAAGUUGUAGAAUGGAAAAUUAAUCACGAGACCUGUUAUCUUCUUAUUUUGUUGUACAUUUUUAUUUGUUCAUUUCAUGGUUAAGUUCAUGAAUAUCCUAGAUAAAUUCUGUAUGGCUUCCAUAUCAUCUAUCUGCUGCCAAGGAAUACCCUGCCCUAUCUUCUUUGUGGGCUUUUAUAUUAUGGCAAAUAUGUUAGCAGAUCAUUCUAGUUAUUACCAAAAAGGGGUAUUAUAGCAA